AUGGGUCGAAAUAAAAUUCAAAAAAAGAAGAAAGAAAAGAAGAAUUUUAAGAAGUUUGCAACGAAGAACCCAAAAAAAAAAUUUCAAACAUUUAGAGAUAUUAAGCAUUCCGAACAAUAUGCAGAAUAUAAAUUAAAGUUAGAAAAUGAAAAAAAGAAAGUGGAAAUUGUAGAGGAAGAAGAUGAAGAACCCGAUAACGAUCCGGUUUCUUUGCUGUUGUCUACAUUUAAAAAUAAUACAAGCAAGUCGCAAGAAAAUGUUGCCAUCGACAGUGAGGAGGAUUCCUCUGAUGAGUCCAAAUUAUCUGAUGAUGAUAUGCAUGCAGCAGAUGAGUUUGCAGAAGGGCUUGAAAAUAAUAAGAAACAAAACGAAUCUGAUUUACAAUUAGACCACAUUGAUAACUCAUUAAAUGAUUGUCAUAAUGAAAGUAUAGAGGAUUAUAAUGAAAGUGAUAACGACAGCAUCAAAAGCAAUGAUGAAAAUGAAAUUGAUUUGGACAAUGAGGAAGCCAUUGAAGCAGAGACCAAUGACAAAAAUGAUCCAUUUUGUGUUCAUUUAAAUUACGAUUUGCCAGAAUCGUUAAUAGAAAGCUUAACAUCUGUUCCGAUGAAUGUAAAAACGGACAAAAUGUACUGGCCGAGUCUUCACAAUUUAAAAGUUGAAAUCCCUUCAAGUAAUUCUGAAAAAUUUAAUCAAUUAAAUUCUGAAAUGGUGUCAAUUAAUAAUGAUGUAGAAUAUGCUAAGGAAUAUGAAUCACCAGUAUUGAUAAAAUCAGUUGAUUAUUCAAAGUUAUAUAUUAAAACUCAAAUACAUAAAAAUAUAGAAGAAGCUAAUAAAUUAUGUGAAUUUACUCCAUUGCAAAAAGAAAUAUUUUCAAUUAUAAAUAACUAUCAAGAUUUAUAUUAUUGUAAUAGAAAUUUAAAUAAUGGUGAAGAAAUUAGAUUUAUUUAUUGUUUGCAUUCUGUUAAUCAUAUUCUUAAGACUAGGUUAAAAAUUUUACAUCAUAAUAAUAAACUUUAUAAAACUAUAAGAGAUUUACCACCUGAUGAAUAUAGAGAUCAAGGAUUGGUAAGACCAAAGGUUGUAAUCAUUGUACCUUUUAGGAAUUCAUGUUUAAGAAUAGUCAAUACAAUGUGUUCGAUUUUAUUACCGGAUAAAAAAAGUAAUAUAAUUAACAAGAAAAGAUUUUAUGAUGAAUUUAAAGGUUCUGAAUUGCACAUGCCGAAAAAAAAUCCAAAACCAGAAGAUUAUGAACAAUUAUUUAAAGGUAACAUUGAUGAUAAUUUUAGGAUAGGAUUAAAUUUUACUAGAAAAAGUAUAAAGUUAUAUUCAGAUUUUUAUUCGUCAGACAUAAUAAUAGCAUCACCGUUGGGAUUAAGAAUGGUGAUUGGAGCAGAAGGAGAUAAAGAAAGAGAUUUCGAUUUUCUCGCUUCUGUUGAAAUUUUAAUUUUAGAUCAAGCAGAAGUAUUUCUAAUGCAAAAUUGGGAUCAUUUAUUGUUAAUAUUCGAACAUUUACACAUUCAACCGAAGGAAAGUCACGGCGUUGAUUUUUCAAGAGUACGAUCUUGGGCUUUAAACGGAUGGACAAAAUAUUAUCGUCAAACAUUGUUAUUUUCCUCUUUUCCAUUUACCGAAUUGAACGCCAUAUUUAAUCGUCGGUGUUUUAAUUACGGUGGAAAAAUUCGUGUCGCGAAUCCGGUCGAAGAUGGUAGCAUAUGCAGAGUUGUCGUCCCAUUGUCACACAUAUAUCAAAGAUUCGAAACGGAUUCGGCCGUGAAUUCCCUUGACGACAGAUUUAAAUAUUUCACGGAAAAAAUAUUACCACAAUUUAAAGAUCCGAUAAUGACGGGUGUGCUCAUAUACGUACCUUCUUAUUUCGAUUACGUGAGAAUAAGAAAUUAUUUGAAACAAAGCGAUUAUAAUUUUGUACAGAUAUGCGAAUAUUCAAAGGAUUCGAAAGUUGCUAGAGCGAGAGACAUGUUUUUCCAUAACGAAGUUAGAAUUUUACUCUACAGCGAAAGAUUUCACUUUUACAGGAGAAUAACGGUCAAAGGGAUUCGUCAUUUGGUUUUCUAUCAAUUACCAAUAAUGCCAAAUUUUUAUUCCGAAUUAUGUAAUCUCAUGCAGGAUGCGAAUCAAAAUAAAUUUUUAUCAAACGAUUCACUCAUGACUGUAACGGUUCUCUAUUGUAAAUACGACGUUCAUCAAUUGGGAAACGUUGUGAAAACGUCAAGAGCUGGAAAAAUGUUAUCCUCGGAUAAAAACAUUCACAUGUUUAGCACGGGAUAG